UUAGUUUUUUCUUUUUCACAUCAAUUUCCUUCCUUCCCGUCUCAUUUUCAUGCUUUGCAAGCAAAGUGUUGGUUUCCAUGAAUUCAAACGUACCAUAACGUUUCUUCGCCUACCAGUCGCAGAAGAGUUAAAAUCAUGAAAACGAUUUCUGACUGAGAGAAUCAAAUUCAUUCUCUUGAUUUGAUUUCAUUACGACCGAAUGUGGUAAUCAAAUUUCUUCUUUCUCUGUAAAUUUUGCAAUGAGUCGUACGUUGCUUCCAAAGCACGUUGCCGCGGUGGUGAAGAUCCAAACGGACCCUCUGAAAGCGCUCGAGAUGUUCAACUCGGCUAAAAGCGAGGACGGCUUCAAGCACACGGCAUCGACGUACAAAUGCAUAGUCCAGAAGCUCGGCCACCACGGCGAGUUCGAGGAGAUGGAGAAGCUGCUUUCGGAGAUGAGAGAGAACGUCAACAACGCGCUUCUGGAAGGCGCGUACAUCGAAGCCAUGAAAAACUACGGCAGAAAAGGGAAGGUUCAGGAAGCAGUGGACACGUUCGAACGCAUGGACUUCUACAACUGCGACCCCUCUGUUCACUCCCACAACGCCAUCAUGAACAUUCUCGUCGAGUUCGGGUACCACAACCAAGCACACAAAGUGUACAUGAGAAUGAGAGACAGAGGGGUGCAAUCUGAUGUAUACACCUACACCAUAAGGAUCAAGUCCUUCUGUAAAACCGCGAGGCCUUAUGCUGCUCUCAGACUCCUUCGCAACAUGCCCGAACUCGGGUGUGAUUCCAAUGCUGUGGCCUAUUGCACUGUGGUUGCUGGGCUGUACGACUCCGGUGAGCAUGAUCAUGCACGCGAGCUGUUCGAUGAAAUGCUCGCGCGGUGUUUGUGUCCCGAUGUUGUCGCGUUUAAUAAGCUCGUGCACGUGCUUUGCAAGAAGGGUCUUGUUUUCGAGAGUGAGAGGCUUCUCGGCAAGGUUUUGAAGAGGGGGGUUUGUCCGAAUUUGUUUACCUUUAAUAUCUUCGUUCAAGGGCUUUGUAGGGAGGGUGCUCUUGAUAGGGCUGUUAGGUUGUUGGCUAGUGUGUCGAGGGAGGGACUGAGUCUUGAUGUUGUCACGUAUAAUAUACUUAUAUGUGGGCUGUGUAGGAAUUCACGGGUUGUGGAGGCUGAGGAGUACUUGCGGAAAAUGGUGAAUGGUGGAUUUGAGCCUGAUGAUUUAACCUACAAUAGUAUUAUUGAUGGAUACUGCAAGAAGGGGAUGGUACAAGAUGCAAAUCGGGUGCUGAAGGAUGCAGUUUUUAAGGGUUUUAAGCCUGAUGAGUUUACUUAUUGUUCCUUAAUUAACGGGUUUUGUAAGGAUGGUGACCCUGAUCGAGCAAUGGCGGUCUUUAAGGAUGGACUGGGAAAAGGUUUGAGGCCAAGCAUUGUUCUUUACAAUACCUUGAUUAAAGGGUUGUCUCAGCAGGGUCUUAUUUUGCCAGCCUUGCAAUUGAUGAAUGAGAUGGCAGAAAAUGGUUGUCUUCCCAAUAUAUGGACUUAUAAUUUAGUUAUAAAUGGCUUGUGCAAGAUGGGUUGUGUUUCUGAUGCUAGUCAUCUUGUAGAUGAUGCUAUUGCCAAAGGGUGUCCACCGGACAUAUUUACCUAUAACACUUUGAUUGAUGGCUAUUGUAAACAGUUGAAGUUAGACAGUGCAACUGAGAUGGUAAAUAGAAUGUGGAGUCAGGGCAUGACUCCUGAUGUUAUCACAUACAACACUUUGUUGAAUGGGCUCUGCAAGGCUGGAAAGUCUGAAGAAGUAAUGGAGAUUUUCAAGGCAAUGGAGGAGAAGGGAUGCACUCCAAACAUAAUUACAUACAACAUUAUUGUAGACAGCCUUUGCAAAGCUAAGAAAGUAAAUGAAGCUGUAGAUUUGCUUGGGGAAAUGAAAAGCAAGGGUUUGAAACCUGAUGUUGUUAGUUUUGGCACAUUGUUCACUGGCUUCUGUAAGAUUGGGGAUAUUGAUGGUGCAUACCAGUUAUUUAGAAGGAUGGAAAAACAAUACGAUGUCUGUCAUACAACAGCAACAUACAACAUCAUAGUCAGUGCAUUUUCUGAACAGCUCAACAUGAAUAUGGCCAUGAAGCUCUUUUCUGUGAUGAAGAACAGUGGCUGUGACCCAGACAACUAUACUUAUCGGGUUGUGAUAGAUGGCUUUUGCAAAAUGGGAAAUAUUACUCAAGGAUACAAAUUUCUUUUGGAAAAUAUGGAAAAGAGGUUUAUACCAUCACUGACGACAUUUGGACGGGUUUUAAAUUGUCUUUGUGUAAAGGACAAGGUUCAUGAAGCAGUUGGUAUCAUCCACCUUAUGUUACAAAAGGGUAUCGUGCCAGAGACUGUAAAUACAAUUUUUGAAGCUGAUAAAAAGGUUGUAGCGGCACCUAAGAUUCUUGUAGAAGAUUUGUUGAAAAAGGGCCAUAUAGCUUAUUACACUUAUGAACUACUAUAUGAUGGUAUUAGAGAUAAAAAGAUACUUAAAAAAAGACUCCCAACUGUGAAUUCUCUUCAUCGAGGGGCCAGUUCGUCAGCUGUUGAUUAGAAGAUAAUGUCUUUGGAAAGUGAUCAUUCAUGACCAUCUGCUCAGUUCUAACUUCCAAAGAUGUUUGAAGGUUCCAGUAGAUACCUGUUAUAUAAUGCUGACUUUCAUGGUUUUUCUCCCAGAUUGCAUGUCAUGCUCAGAAAUUUUGGUGCAGGACGAAGUAUGCAAGUUGCAAUGCUUACCUACCACACUUGAGUCUUCGUGCCAGAUUUUACUUUCACAGUGGUACAUUUGAAGAAUGAGGAAUAAUGAUGCUCACCUGCAUACUCAAGUCCUCAAUAAACAAGAAAGAAAGAUAGCUGCUAAUCUGUAGCAUGAAAAUUAUAAUCCAAAUUGUACUUGUAUAUCUAAAGGUAAGCUCCUUUCGAGUUUUGACAGAUGUACUGUGUGUAGUCAAUGAUGGUGGAAUUUUAGGUUACCUCCCCUGUCACACAUGAUCCCAAAAACUGUUUCUUCAGGGAAAUCAGACAAAAGAACCCAUAUACAGGAUUUGCAACAUCUUGAUACUACUUUCAGAUUGUUAUGAAUGUUCUGCUUAUUCAGUGUGGCGUAAUUUAAGUGUGGGUAAUGAAGUCCCAUACAUUUGUCAGGAAGAAAGAUUCAUAUAAUCAUAUGCCCCUGAGACCUAUCUGCUAUGAUUUAUGAAGCAGAAUAAUUUUAGUUUCAUCGUUGAAGAAUAUCCCGUGAACUAUAUUGUGAAACGAUAAAGCUAAAGAGGAAUAGAAUUAUCUUGCAGAGAUGAUAUACUCUGAUAAGAACAUUGCUAACUUUCAUUAUUCUCCACUGGACUCCUCUUUGUUUACCAAAUGAGAGAGUAAAGUUGGAUGCCUUGCAGUGCAUACCAUCUCUUUUGCUAGCAGUUAUGUUGACAAAUCAUGCGAACAAUUGUGAACAAAUAUUUUUUAUGAAUGAAAUUUAAGGAGAGGAGAUAUGA